AGGAAUGGCAGCAGCACCCAGCUGACACUGCCAGGAAGGCAGUCCCUCCUAGUAAUGAGCUGCUAUGGCACAAGGGUUAUUUUAUUAACAGGUCUGGACAGCUGGGGAAAGACCAGUCCUUGCACGAUCCCAGCUAUAUGAAGAUCUAAAGACAGACAUUCUUCAAACAGUAACCAAUCCUAUUGCAUAAAUGGCAACUUAAAUUACAAGAGCAGAAACCCUCCCAUUUCACCUUCCUAUGUAUCAUCAAGCAACAAUGUCUUUACUGGAAACCAUGCUUACAAUGACAGAUCGAACCUUUCUAAUGUAAGGAAUCAUGGAAAGUCAGAACCCUUUAAAAGCGAGUUAGAGGGUAACUCAUCUAAUCGGCGUCAAUCCGUUAGCUCGCAGUCAAAUGUUACAAGGAAUAUUGAUGAUACUUAUAUGCAGACGUCACCAGAAUACGAAAUUGCAGACAAUGAAGACAAUGUAUAUAAUACUUCUCUGAUUGAUGAGCAGCAAUAUGAUGAUUGUAUGAGUGAUACGAGUUAUCUGUAUACUGGGUCCUUUGAGAACAUGCAGAGAGACGUCUCCGCCAGUUCCUGCAGUGAGGACACACAUCCGAUAGAAAGCAGUAGACAAUAUGAAAAUAUCCCCCUUAUUCAAGAACCUCUGUACGAUGAAGUGGAGAAUUUAAGAAGAAUUGUUCAACCCGCUGUUGAAGAGCUGCUUUCCACAGAAUUAUCUUAUGUUAAAUCUCUGCGUUUUCUCACUUUCUCGGUGCGGUCUAAACUGGAGGAGAUCCCGGAUAUUGAUGUAAGAAGUCUAUUCUCCAAUCUGGAUGAGAUCCUUUUGGUCCACGAAUCAUUUCUACAGGAACUAAAACAGGCAGAACAUGACCCAGAGCAUCAGCUUAUUCUUAUUGGAAAUGUCUUUCAGGAAUUCAGCAAAGAUAUGGAAAGUGUGUAUACUGUAUAUUGUUCUACAUAUACUAGAUCCACAUCACUGCUAAAACACUACCAAGACGUACAUCUAGCUGAACUAAUCAAGGAUGCAAUUCAAUCACUCCCGAGUGAGUCAUCAUCACAAUACACAGAUCUCAGCUUCUACCUGGUCAUACCUGUGCAACGUAUCACCAAGUAUCCAUUGCUACUUAAGAAUAUCUUGAGCAUAGACACAAAUACCAAAGACACACAAGAGGCACUGCAGGGAGCCCUCAACACCAUGAAGGAGGUGAAUGUCAACAUCAACGAAAACAAGAGGCGCAAAGAAGUUGCAAGCAAGUACCUGCAAUUAGACCAGCGGACUCUAAAAGAAAAGAUGUCAACUCUGAGCACACACACCCUGACUAAGAAGUCUAGACGUUUAAGUCUGUUCCUAAAACAACAGACUGGCAUGGUGCCAAAGAGAGAAGACAAGGAGUUUGACAAUCUGUCUGAUAAGUUUCAUAGACUGGCAGCUGUGGUUAGCCAAAUGGAAGAAAAUGUUGUGUCAUAUGUGAAGAAUGUGGAGGAAUAUUUUCUUAUCCAGCCUGAGACAUAUCCACUUGAGUACCUGCAAGGAUCAGUCCAUCCAUUGAAUGGCUACACAAUAGAACUCUGCAACAGCAUCUACUCAGCAUUUAAAAGAAAACUGCAAAUGAUGGUCCUGCAGCCUCUUACUAACCUUUCCGAGUGUUUAAGGGGACCCAAGAACUUGAUCCGGAAGAGAUUGGACAAACUUUUAGACUAUGAGAACCUGGAGGAGAGGUACAGUGAAACUGGAAGGAUGACGUGGGAAGAAGAGGACAUUGUAAACAACUACAAGGCCAUCCAUUCAAUGCUACUAUCAGAGCUACCUAACUGCAUUUUGCUGUCCUAUCAGUUGCUUCACAAUAUUUUCCUCAGUUUCAUUGCUGUGCAGAAAGAUCUGGCUGCUCAAGCAUGUUUUGCAGCAGAAGAACAUGCUUCGCAGAUGCAGUGCCGUACAGUUCCAGAGGCCAAUUUUAGGAGAUGGGUUGAAAACUACAUUUCCAAUUCAACAUCACUGCUCAAUGAAUUCACAAAGAAAUUUGAUGAAGAAUUACCAGUCCCAGUACCACAGGAGCAUAUUCCAGCCAUUGAACGGCAAAUCCAGCAGCUAUUGAAACGAUACAGUCCAGAAAAGCUCUACCAGUUGAUGAGCGCUGUGAAGGGCACCCGCGAAAUGGAACUCACACUCCGUCAUGGUGAGGUGGUGGCUGUCAUCCAGCGUGGAGACACCAAGGGAAAUAAAAACAGAUGGCUUGUUGACACCGGAGGACUGAGGGGAUAUGUUCCCUGCAGCAAACUGCAGCCAUACCAAGAAACACACAGUCCAACACUUUCACAAAGUCCAACACAUACUCAAAGUUCCCCAGAGGCUAUGAAGACUUCAGAAACAAGGAGACGUUCUGUAACUGCCCCGGUGUGCCCAUAUCCAACUAUAUCACAGCCCCAGGAAAUCAAUGCAGCCUUCCAGAUUGUUGCAGGGUAUUCAUUUACAGCACGCAGCCAGUAUGAGGUCAGUAUUAAAGAAGGGGAGCCAGUGAUUGUUCUGGAACCACAUGACAAGAACGGCAGUCCGGAGUGGAGCUUGGUGAAAGUGAGAGGACAAAGGGGCUACGUGCCUUCCAGCUACCUAGUGAAAAUACCUGUGAAAUGACACUCCUGGGUUACAUAAUUUGGAUAGUCCACACAGUACCUAUAGAAAUCCUUGGAAAUGUGAUUAGAGUACCUUUAUAUAUAUAUAUAUGCAUGCAGUUGGUUGCAUUCAAUGUGAAAUAACAGCAUUUACAACAUAUAAUGCCAUAACCAAUCAAUAUAAUUCUGUCCAUGCUCUGCUUUAUAAUUAUCUUCUUCAUGAAAUAUACAAGAGACUCCAUGUAAUGUCAACACUUGCAAGCACUUUUAGCAUGAGUUGUAAAUAGUUGGACUUUUUGAAAUGCAUUCUGUACGCAUUGUCUUAUCUUAAGAACCCAAAUGAAUUUUCAAUUAAAAUUUUAAUAAAAUGUUAUUAACAAAAAAAAAAGAGUAAGGGUACCGCUCUACCAGAGAGGAUGAUCACUGUAUGACCAAUUGCAGAAUAAGCAAUGCACUAAACAAAUCAAUUCUUUAACAAAUCCAUUCUCUAUAUAGAUUUUUACAGCUGUUUUAUUUGUAUGUUAGUCUUGUUCAGAUUGGACCAUGACUCAGUUAUGCUAUGACAGUAGCACAUGUAGCAAUCAAUAUUACCAUUACCCAUGCAAAUGCAACUUCUUGGACAGCAGCCCACUGGAUAGUUUUCCUAUAGGGUCUAUGGCCAGUGACAGCCCCCUAGUCUUCAGCUUUUAACUCCUCUGCAUGGAUCUGGACUUCUCUGCUGGGAAGCUACUGGGCCACUACCUCUUGGAAUAGUAUUUUUUCAAAAGGCUGCUGACCCAUGGGAGUCAAGAGAUACUGGUGCGAAGUGCCAAGGGGCCAGGCAAAACCAUAGCGAGGUCAGGGCAGGUAGAGUUGUGCAAUCCCAAAUUCAGUCCAAGGGUCAGGGCAGGCAGUUCACGGUCAGUGGCAGGAACAGGUCAGGCAGCAAAGGUUUGACUCUAGAGACAGGCAGAGGUACAUGGACAUGUAAGACAAUGGAGCAACUUCAGAACACUAGACAACUACAACCUGUUUCUCAGAUACCUUCCACAGGUGAAGGUGCUUUAAAUACUGUAAGGUGGCCAGCCAUUGCCUGAAAAAGACUGAGGUGGAUGGAUAUUGGCCCUUUAAGAUCCAAAGGAGACAUGUGUGCUUGAGCCCUAUGGGUGUAGAGGAGUAGAGAAGAUAAGCAGGCCUAUGCCUACAUGAAGUGGACAGUGCUUUGCUGCAGGCAACAGGACGACACUGGUGGGGACAGACCCCUGAGGAGACGUCAGAUAAGUGAAGAUGAGCAUUUUGGUGGGCAGGGAGAGGCAGUGCUAGGCAGGAACACUGGCAUAAUAAUUUUUUUUACCUUGAUUGGGGAAGAUGCACAUGACUGCACUGCCAAGGGAAGCUCUAUCAACAAUUGUGCAGCACCAUAAGGGACCCCAACAAACCCCACUAUAGGUGAUUUCCUUUAUGAAUGGAAGCCAUAAAUCUGAUUGAAAUAGUCUAAUUGAAUGUUUUAUGUAUGGGUGUUAAAGUAUGUUGUUUAGAAAGAUGAACUGCCAGUAACAGGUGCAGUGACUACUUCUCAGGCGCUUUCAUACAAGUGAGCGCCUGUGACAAUAGGUGGAACAUAUUUCAGGUAUUGUGAAUGCAAGAAUAGAGUAUUUUUUGAAUGUCUAAUAAAAAUGUUAAGGCAGUAUUAGACCAGCCGAUUCUGUGGACGAUUUUCGGGAAAGAAGCGCUCCUUCCUGUCAAUCGCCCGCCAGCAGAGGAGACCGUUCCUUUUACAUGCAGCGAUCUCUUCCACAGCAUGGGUAGGAGCGAUCGUUAUACCAUUGUUCGUCUCAAUGCUGACUAGUGGUUUGCCGGCAACAGAUCAUGAUUAGACAAUACUAUCUUCCGCAGGCAAAUGAGGAUUUUUAAGCAUGCUGAAAGAUUCUGAGCGUUUGCUUGUUCAUUGCUGCUCGCUCAUUGCAGUAUUACACUGCCAGAUUAUCACUAAUGAGUGUAACUACGAACGCUCGUUAAUGAUAAACUGGCCAACAAUUGGCCAGUCUAAUACAGGCUUUAGGUUGCAAAUGUAAAGAAGAAUAAAUAAAUUGUAAUGCUAGUGUUUGCAUAGUGAAUGUUAUUUCUAAUGGCUACUGCAUGGCACGUCCAUAGACAUACACCAACG